AUGGAUUUGGAGAAGCUUCGGAAUUACCCAUGGGGUCUGUACUCGUUUGAUUUUCUUCUGAAGCAGAUUGAUAAAACAAAGCAUAAAUUGGAGCAGAAGGAGGGGUAUAUGAUGGAAGGAUUCUUGUUUGGUUUCCAGAUUUGGAUAAUGGAAGUUGUUCCUGCUUUAGGAGAGAUUUGUGGCACAAAAGUCAGCAAAAAUUUUACAGGUCCUCUGUGUGGUAAUUGGAGAGGAUGUGCAAAAUGUUCUUAUGAAGAUAUCAUUGGCGUUGAGAACUUAUUCCCAAAAAAGGGGAUUUUGCAUUCAUUCAUGGAAUCCCACAUAGAUGGAGUGAUCCUUUUGGCAACUGAUUUUGUAGAGAAGGAUGAGAAGAAAGAUGAAAGAAAGCUACGAGCUCCGAAUUUGAGGAAGCUGGCGAAGAAAAAAGAAGAGAAUCAAGCAGCUGAUACUGAGAGGGGUGAGAAUAGUCAUGUUGCAGAGAAUGUUGAUGGCACAGCUGAUGUUUCGGGAAGAAACAAUAGAAAGCAUGCGGACCGAGGAGCGGAGUCAAGGAAGAAGAAUGUCCUGUGCCAGCUAGCUGCUUCAUCAAAAGGGAAUAUUGACACAUAUAUGAAAAACUUGGGGGGUCUGGUACAAGCUUCUUUUACUACUUUUGGGGAGAAAUUCUGUCAGCAGUUCUCGGACAGGUUGGGUAAGAUUGAGACUGAGGUUACACAACUCUGGACAGCUUCAGAGAAAACUGAGCAGUUUGAGACUAGGAAUAUCCAGGUGUUUGAUUGCGGGGGUAGAAAAAAAAUCAAGGAAGUGGAAGCUUUCGCGCAGCUUAUUCCUCGGAUUGUCAAGGCCGUUCAGUCAUUGACAGUGCAGAAGCAUCUCACCAUCACUCCGUACAAUGUUUCCUAUGUACCUAUGAGUGGUCUUAACUGA